ACCGAGUGAGAUGUGCAUCGAAUAGAAGCAAGUUUAAGUGAUAAAAUAUAAUUAAAAAAAAUAAAACAAUCAUUCGAAUACGGACUGUUCAGAAACGAAGUGAAAGAGAUCUAGUGAGGCGAUAGCUUUUACAUAAUAGCUGGUGAACAACGAACUUGAAGUGCGCUCCGUUCACAAAGACACAAUAUGAAUCUGAUAACUACGACAGCACUGAUAGUGCUGUUGACGCUCGCAUUCGUCAACGCAGAUGAGUGGAAUUGGCUCAACAAUGGAGAAUCCAUUCUGGAAGAUCUUGUCCGCGAGAAGCGCCAGGAAACGUCCCAGAACGUCACCGAAGUAGCUGAUGACGACAUCCUAAAUUUCAUACUGGACAGUGGCCGUCAAGGACGGAGCUUGGAGGGAUUUGACGAAGUCUACAGCGAUCCGUCAGUGCAACAGGCUCUACAAAAUUCCGAUGACGUUGAGGCUCGGAACAUCAUCAAGGAGAAGCUCUGUGCUCUAGGUUUAAUGCAAUGCGACGGGGAACUCGUCGAUGGCAGACGUCCGUACCUAAAUCCACAGAAUCUAAUCUAUGCUCAACCCGUUGCUCUUAAGCCAGUUGGGCGUCCAAUUGCUACCAUUCCGGUACGCGGUCCUCCCGGGCCUCCACCACCACCACCACCAGGUCCACAAUAUGUUCCCAAACCUCCACCACAACAGAGACCGCACCAAGGACCAUAUGGACCUCCCCAACCAAUGCCAGUUCCCAAUCGACCUCAACAAAAAGUUGGGUUUGCUUCCCAGCAACCUUCCUAUAACGGACCAAAUUCCUUCACAGGUAGUUCCCACUACGGUGGAUCCUAUUCCGGCCAACCUGGUCCAUUUUCACCUUAUCCUUCCAAACCCUUAGGUCCAAUCUACGAGGGAGCAGAUAUCCCGUAUGAAUUCGAAAGCCCCAAUAAACCCGGAGUUAUUAUCAGUGAUGGUCCACUUAUCGGAAAACCGCCAGUUGAACAGCAUAUCCAUCAUCAUUACCAUCAUAUUGAGGGCGGUGCUGAAAAACCUGUUGUAGUGAACAACCAGAUCCCCUUAUCCACAGGAGUACUCACCGGAUCAUCGGUCGGUGGUAGCUCGUUAAACACCAACAACCUAUACUCUUCCAGUCUCUACGGUCAGUCCGGUGUUCCAAAUGGAGGAUUCAAUCCUUCUAGCAGCAAAGACUUCGACUAUCAAGAUCUUAAGGGAAACAUCAACACUGGCUCAGCUCAAUACAGUAGCUACGCUUCGCAAUCGAAGCCAGUUAGCUCAAACCUCUACAAUCAGGGACCUGCUACGUUCGGAACCACCGAAAAUAUUAUCUACGGAUCAAGUGGAAGCGGCGUAGUUAGUGCGGGCUAUCAAACAAACCAAGGAAGCUACCAGUCAAAUCAAGGAAGCUAUCAAUCCGGUCAAGGCGCUUAUCAUACGGCCAAUCCAAACCUGUACAAGAAAGAACUGAACCUUAAAGGACCCGCUACCAACCAAAAUAACUUCAAUACUAACUACAAUAAGUACAGCCAGCAAUAUAAUGGCCAAUACAGUAACCAGCAGAACAAUCAGAACCAGUACGGCGGUGUUUAUAGUCAGUACGGUCAAAAUUCUAGAACCGAAGAAUGCGUAUGUGUCCCGUACGAACAGUGUCCAGCACAGGACGUAGUCGGUAGACGUGAUGAUCUGAUUCUUCCAUUAGACCCCCGUAACUUUAAGACUGACAUCCAAGCCGACACGGAACAGGUUGUGAUUACCGAUGCCCACGGGAACAUGACCGUUAUUCACGUCCCAAGGAACGUUACCGCACAAGCUCGUUCUGCAAACGUAACUAAUGAAUCAGCCAAGAAAAUCUCGAAACGAGAAGCAUCGGCUGCCAAGAAGGCCGACAACGAUGAUGACAAAGCCAAUAUUGAACCGCGUUUGUUGGGAGGUGGCCACCAUGGUGAAGGAGGUGGAAAGAAAGUUGUUCCUACCUUUGGAGUGUCCUUCGGUCUCCCGUAUCCUUCAUAUCCCUUGAAUCCCUACGGGCCUAACCCAGCCGGGAAUCCUUAUUUCGGUUCGAUCGGAGCCAACGGUCUUAACCUAGGGUUGGUCAAUGUGAACCCAUUAUUUUCGUUGCAAGUAACUAAAGACGAGUACGGUGAUAAACUUUUGAAGCCUCUUGUUAACCUUCACGUUACACCCACUGAAAAUAUUGUUCAUAAAGUAGGAAGUCUACUAGCUGCCAAGAAACAAAACAUUUUACAUGUAUUCAAUCAACACGAGCAUUACCACAAUCACGUUGGCUAUCCUCCACCGCCUCCUAUCUACCGUCCCCCACAUGGUCCACCAUACAUUCAUGGGCCACCUCCAAGUUUCGGUCCUACCGGGCCUAAUCUGAUAUUCACCAAACCUCCCGGGCCAGUAUAUACCGGACCUGGACCAGUCUAUGCAAGGCCUCCGGGCCCUAUUUACUCUGGUCCUCCUCCAGGGCCUAUUUACAACCGACCUCCGAGUCCCCCAUUUAUUCCUAAUGGUCCAUCUCCGUUCUACGGACCACGUCCACCAUUCUUCCGUGAUGCCAGUACUUCCAACGAUGGAGAUUUGGUUUACGAUCCAUCUGACAUUGGUAGAAAUGCGAACGUUACUUUCAACCGGAGUGCUGCCCCGAUCGGUAACUUUGCCUACCAAUCGGUAUAUCCCCAAAACCAACCUGACUCCUUGAAUCAGAAUAGAGUAGAUUAUGCUAGACAGUAUCAAAACUAUCAGAAUAGUAACGAAAGACUUCCACCCACUCAGACCAUUCCAACUCCGGCACCAGGACAUUCCAAAGGUAGCAACAUCGUUAGUUUCCCGCGUAGUCGCCGUUCAACUGACGUAACCGUUCCGGAUCAGUUGGAACCGGAGGAACCGGUUGCAGAAAGCGAAGCCGAGAAGACGCUAACUGAACAGGUCGGGGUACAAGAAAAGUCAUUUACAGCUGAUAAGAGACAAGCUUACUAUGGACCACGGCCACAGCAGUGUCCUCAACGAAGUGUUUGCUGUCGUCGACCAGCUUACCGCCAACCACCUACCCAUGGUAAUCUAGGUCAGUGUGGAAUUCGGAAUGCCCAGGGUAUUAACGGUCGCAUUAAGAAUCCGGUGUACGUCGAUGGAGACAGUGAGUUCGGUGAAUAUCCGUGGCAGGUAGCUAUCCUGAAGAAAGAUCCAAAGGAAUCUGUGUAUGUCUGCGGAGGUACACUGAUCGAUAACCAGUUCAUCAUAACUGCCGCUCACUGUGUCAAGACAUAUAGCGGUUUCGAUCUCCGUGUUCGUCUAGGCGAAUGGGACGUCAAUCAUGAUGUGGAAUUUUACCCGUACAUAGAACGUGAUGUUAUAUCGGUCCAAGUCCAUCCGGAAUAUUACGCUGGUACGCUUGAUAACGAUCUGGCUGUUCUGAAAAUGGAUUCUCCAGUAGACUUCUCCAACACACCGCACAUUUCGCCUGCCUGUUUGCCCGACCGGUACACAGAUUUCUCUGGUCAGCGUUGUUGGACCACCGGAUGGGGUAAGGAUGCCUUUGGAGACUAUGGAAAGUAUCAAAACAUUCUUAAGGAAGUCGACGUACCGAUUGUAAAUGAUAACCAGUGUCAAAACCAACUGCGCCAAACACGUCUCGGUUAUCAGUAUAAACUUCAUCCCGGAUUCAUCUGUGCCGGUGGAGAGGAGGGUAAGGAUGCAUGUAAGGGUGACGGUGGAGGUCCCCUCGUAUGUGAACGCAACGGUAGCUGGCAAGUAGUCGGUGUUGUUUCCUGGGGAAUUGGAUGUGGUAAGGCAAACGUACCCGGAGUGUACGUCAAAGUUGCUCACUACCUAGACUGGUUACAGCAAGUUCGCGGAAGGUACUGAACUCUUGCACGUGCGAAUAUUAUUUAUUGACGGCUCAUAUUAUUUGUGUAAAACGGAAGCAAGCGAGAACUUUACCAGUGAUACUCACCACGAUACUGUGUUUGUAUAUGUAAAAAUAAUUGGAAAACACUUCAGCACAAGCGAAAACGAAUGUAGUGAGAAUAGUACGAAUUGAUUGAAACGAACGAUUGCUGGAGUUAAAGUGUACGAUGCUAUGUGACAGCAUUUCUAAAUAUAUGGCUCUUUUGUAUGUAGUUUUUAUGUAUCAAUGUAGAAUUAAUAAGCUACGAAUAAAUUAUUCUAUUUAUUCUUAACAA